AAUAUUGAACUGAAAAAUAAGAAAAUAUUGAGAGAUUUCUAUUUUUCUGACUGAAGUAUUAGAAUGCUUUAGAAAUUUAAAAAGGCGUUCUCACAUUCUAAUUAUUGAUCCUUCUGUUACUGCGAAUUAAAGCUCCAAGGUUAUCAAAAUGCUGCAACCAGUUAUGCAUGUUUUGAAGCAGAAAAAUAUUAUUCUAGCUUCUGGCUCGCCUAGGAGGAAAGAGUUGAUAGAAAAUAUAGGGUUAAAUGUAGGAUUGUGUCCAUCUCUAUUUGAAGAGAACCUUGAUCCUAAAAGUUUUAAGAGUUUCUCAGAGUUUGUGGAAGAGACAGCGCUGCAGAAGGUUCUAGAAGUUGAGAAUCGUCUGAUCGGGCAGGGCAAGGCCCCGGACAUAGUCAUAGGAGCAGAUACUAUGGUGACUCUGGGUGGAGAGAUGUUUGGGAAGCCUACAUCUGAAGCAGACGCCUUUCAGAUGUUGUCAAGAUUGUCAGGGCGGGGCCACACAGUAUACACCGGGGUUGUGGUGAAGGCCAAGUACGGGACAGUCAAGUUCACAGAGAAGACUGAUGUCAUAUUUGGCAAACUGAAUGAAGACCAGAUUAACGGGUACAUUGCUACUGGUGAACCUAUGGACAAGGCAGGCGGCUACGGCAUCCAGGGCGUGGGCGGCACAUUCGUGGAGCGCGUCGAAGGAGAUUACUUCACUGUAGUGGGCUUGCCUCUUUACAGGCUCUGCGCUGUGCUCUAUGACAUGCAUAAAGGCUUAUAGCUUAUAGCUAUAUUCUCUUAACUGAUUAAUGGACCUUAUGUAUUUCAAAUAAGGUUUAAUUUUGCAAAUGUUAUUGGUUGUACAGUAUCACAAGUAUCUACCAUUCUGUAACAGCUUAACAAAAAGUGAUGUAUUUAAUAUAGAAUAACAAAGAGUGUAAAAGAUAUACUUUUGAGCGCGAUAUUUGGAAAUUUAUCUAUAUUUGGAAAAGUUAUCCGGAAUAUCAGAUACUUUUGGCGCGUUGUUUCAUCCGCUACUUUUGAUGCUGACUGUACAAGAGAUAUUAUCGAGUCCGCAUUUUUCUUAGACUGUACAUGCAAUAUGCAGUAGGGUAGGCCGAUGCGAAACGGACCACAGGUCGAAUUGGGCUAAGAUAAAAAAUCCGUGCGUUUUUCAAAUUUAACAUUUAUAUGAGCGCACUAAAAUCUCACCUCACGUAGAGACGUGGCACAACCAACAUUUUAAAUGUCAAUAGAAUAUUUUAGGAGUUCUGGGGCCCAUGUAUCGAAUGGUAUUAGUCUAAUAUCAUUAGUCUGUUGCCAUGGUAACCCAUGCGACUUGACAGUUGGUGGACUAAUAAUAUUAGACUAACACCGUUCCAGAAACGGGCCCCUGGUUGUCAAACGUUCAUAGUUUAGUUGAGUUACACCAAGCUAGGUUGGCAGCAAUUUUGAUAGCCCAUGCUGUGCAAGUGUUAUUUUAAACGUCAACUUCUAUAAAAUUAUGACGUUUAAAUAACACUUGCACAUUCUGGGAUAUCAAAAUCGCUGCUAACCUAGCUUGGUCUAACUCUAGUUGACGUUUGAUAAUUACCACAAAACAUGGCGCCGUUUAGCACCAUCUAGUUCAGCUGUACAAUUCGGGGAUACUAGAUGAUCAAACGAACUUCUUGAAGUGAAGUUCGAUCACUAUUAUGUGAAUCGCUUCAUUGGAAUUAUUAUUAGACGUCACAUCUCUACUAUGAUCAAUAACGCUGGUUAACAGUCAAUAGUUCCUUUUAUUAAUAUAUUUUGUAUUGUGUAUUCCAAAGUGUAGUAGUGCUACUGUGAUAAGUUGAUAACAUAAGAAUUUUUGUUGUUGUUGUACAAUUCAUGUACAUUGUACAUGUACAUGUACAUUGUACACAGUGUACAUUAUUUGUUUUUAUAUUAUAAGUGUAAAUCAUAAAUAAACAUAAUUAGUAUGA